AUCGCGCGAUAACUUACUAGCUAGUAGCGGUUUUGCUGAACUCGAAAGUGAAGACCGCCUUUUUCUUUUGCGACGAUAACGCCAAUUCCAAAGUAUUGUUUGCGUUUGCGAAGACCAGAGCGCAAUUUGUUUCUCCUUUUUGGUUGUGCCACGUUGAGUUGUUUGUAUCAUGUAGUGUGAACACUCUGCUCCAGCGUGAAGACAUGAGUUGCUAGCGGCUAGGUGCGGCUAACGUUAGCGCUAACAGUUUUGUCAACUUUACCUGCACUCGCAUUGAAAUUUAUUUUUAUUUUUUUAAACUAUCCCCACUAAGAUUGCGAGAAUGCUGGCUACGGGAGCCGCUGUCACCAACGUCACAGCCUUGGCUCAGGUAGACCGGGAAAAGAUCUACCAGUGGAUAAAUGAGCUGUCCAGCCCCGAGACCCGAGAGAACGCCUUGCUGGAGCUCAGCAAGAAACGAGAAUCUGUGCCUGACCUGGCCCCCAUGCUCUGGCACUCGUGUGGCACCAUCGCCGCCCUUUUGCAGGAAAUCGUCAACAUCUAUCCCUCGAUAAACCCGCCGACGCUGACGGCUCACCAGUCCAACAGAGUGUGCAACGCGUUAGCGCUUCUCCAGUGUGUCGCCUCGCACCCGGAAACGAGGUCGGCCUUUCUGGCAGCGCACAUCCCCCUUUUCCUGUAUCCCUUUCUGCACACAGUCAGCAAAACGCGGCCGUUCGAGUACCUGCGCCUUACCAGCCUGGGUGUCAUCGGCGCUUUGGUCAAAACAGACGAGCAGGAAGUGAUCAACUUCCUCCUCACGACUGAGAUCAUCCCACUGUGUCUGCGCAUUAUGGAAUCUGGGAGUGAACUCUCCAAAACGGUGGCCACGUUCAUCCUGCAGAAGAUCCUGUUGGACGACACUGGGCUGGCCUACAUCUGCCAGACGUACGAGCGCUUCUCCCACGUGGCCAUGAUCCUGGGCAAGAUGGUGUUGCAGUUGUCCAAGGAACCUUCGGCGCGUCUGCUGAAGCACGUGGUUCGAUGCUACCUGCGCCUCUCGGAUAAUCUCCGAGCCAGAGAAGCUCUGCGGCAGUGUCUCCCCGACCAGUUGAAGGACAGCACCUUUGCGCAGGUGCUGAAAGAUGACACAACCACCAAGCGUUGGCUGGCCCAGUUGGUGAAGAACCUCCAGGAGGGUCAGGUGACCGACGCCCGGGGAAUCCCCUUGGCCCCGCAGUGAUGCUGCGCGAGUCGCUCGGAUGUUGGCCAAAAGCGGUGCUAAGACGGACGGGCUGUGUGGUGAAGGGCUCCGUUACUGUCGAUGACAUUUGGUUUUGACGUUUUGCUCACAUUUGUGGCCAGCCUCCUGAUCUCCACUGGCAUGCUUAGAUGGAAGACCCGCCACUAGUGGGUAUCCUGUGUUUUGUUUUGGAAGAAUUGUUUUACGGUUGAAUGAUCAAAAGGUUUUGUACCAAAUCAUGUCUGAAGCUGUCAAUACUGUACCUUCAGUACUGUUGUAAAUAGCAAAUGUCAACGUUUGGCUAAGCGACUGCCAGCCCUUCCAAAAUGUUUUUGCCAAUUUUGUUUUUCCUUACAUUUUCUUGAUGUAAGAAAAACACACUUGAAAUAGGAUUGUUCAUUUCAGAUUAAUAAAACUUUAAAAGAGCAAA